AUGAACAAAUUUUUGAUUGUUACUGUUUUAGCCGUUUUGGCCUGUGGCGCUUUAGCCGUUAGUGACCAGGACAAAUAUGCUCAGAUCACCAAAUAUGUCAAUAAUAUUGAUGAAUACGGCAACUACAAUUAUGAAUAUGCCUCCUCAAAUGGCAUCAGUGCUGCCGAACAAGGUACUGGUGGUCAAGUAGCCAAUGGUGGUUACUCUUAUUACUCACCUGAAGGAGAAUUCAUACAAGUUUCCUAUACCGCCAACGAGGAUGGUUUCCAACCCAGCGGUAGCCAUUUGCCCACACCACCACCAAUUCCUUAUUAUAUUUUAAAAUCUUUGGAAUAUAUUCGUACUCAUCCUCCUAAAUUUCAAUAGGCUUAAGAUGUAGGCGUUAUAGUCUUAAU